AUGUUGUUCUUCAGUGCUGGUCUUCUUUUAGGGCUUGGGCUGUCAGCCCAAGCCCAACAGACAUUCACCAAUCCCGUCAUCUAUGAAGACUUCCCUGACAAUGACAUCUUCCUUGGCCCGGAUGGAAAGACAUUCUACUGGUCCAGCUCCAAUUUCCACUACUCCCCCGGUGCCCCAAUCCUCCAGUCUACCGACCUGGUGAACUGGGAGCUGAUCGGCCAUUCCGUGCCGACUCUGGACUUUGGAUCCAACUAUAACAUGGAAAACGGCCAGACGGCCUACAACGGCGGAACCUGGGCCUCCACCUUACGCCACCGCAAGAGCAACAACAAGUGGUACUGGAUCGGCUGCGUCAACUUCUGGACUACGUAUGUCUACACAGCCCCGGACGUCAAGGGCCCCUGGCAGAAAUCCGCUAGUUUCCAACCCUGCUUCUACGACUGCGGGCUUUUGAUCGACGACGACGACACAAUGUACGUGGCCUACGGAAGCAAUACGGUUUCAGUGGCCCAGCUCGCUCCCGACGGAUUGAGCGUCGUCAAGACGCAGCAAGUAUUCAGCUACCCGCCCGAGUGCUCCGGGGGAAUCGAGGGGAACCGCAUGUACAAGAUCAACGGCUUGUACUACAUCCUCGACGACUGUCCCGCGAACGGCAUCACCCAGGUCUGGAAGGCCUCUAGCCCGUUCGGGCCCUAUACACGGAAGAUCCUUAGCAACAACACCCCCUCUCCGGUUCCUGGCUCCGGCGCACCAGACCAAGGGAGUCUCAUCCAGACGCCCAAUGGGCAGUGGUACUUUAUGUCCUUUGCGUGGGCGUAUCCCCUCGGGCGCCUGCCGGUUCUUGCCCCUGUGACCUGGGGAUCCGACGGCUUCCCCAGUCUCCAGACAGUGAACGGCGCCUGGGGCCAGUCCUACCCGUACCCUCUUCCCAAGAACAACAGUGUCCCGUCGUGGAUCGGCGGCGACCAGUUCUGGGGUAGCUCGCUGGGCCCCAUGUGGGAAUGGAACCACAACCCCGACACCACCAAAUUCUCCUUCAACUAUCCCGGCCUGACGCUGCAGACAGCCACCGUCACCAACGACCUGUACCACGCGAGAAACACCCUGACCCAUCGCCCUCACGGCCAGUUCCCCGUUGGAACGGUCCUGCUUGAUUUCUCCAACAUGGCCGACGGCGACCAAUGCGGGCUGGCCGUCUUCAAGGACCAAAGCGCCUGGAUUGGAGUCGUCCGCAGCGGUAACAGCUACACCGUGACUGCCGUCCAAGGGCUCACGCAGGACCCUAACAAUAACUGGGCCACGACCAGUACCGGAACCGUGGUUGGGACUGCGCCUAUUUCAACACGCCAGGUCUACCUCCAGGUUCGGAUGGAUGCGCGUGCAGACGGUUCGAAGCAGUCGACGUUCUAUUACAGUACGGACGGGAGCUCGUACUCCCAGCUUGGUGGUGCCUUUACUUCUAAUACCGGCUGGCAAUACUUUAUGGGCUAUCGCUUUGCGAUAUUCAACUUUGCUACCAAGGCUUUGGGGGGUUCGGUUAAGGUCCUGGCCUUUACGAGCUGGGCUAAUUAG